AUGUCUCUCGUCAUGCCACCGGUCCCCCACAAGGACGACCUUGAUUCAACUUGGUCGUUCCUAGAGGAAGGGAUUCAAAGUGUUAUGCUCAACCUUGACGCUGGUAUUGAUAUGAAGGCCUACAUGGGUCUCUACACGGCCGUUCACAAUUUCUGCACAUCACAAAAAGCCGUGGCGAGUGGUCAUGGUCUGUCACAAGGGCAGCGCGGGGCCCACCUAUUGGGCGAGGAACUCUACAAAUUACUCGGCGAAUACCUUUCACGCCACCUAUCCGACGUGUUCGUCAAAUCACAGACUCACACCGAAGAAGGCUUGCUUGGAUUUUACAUUCGCGAAUGGGAACGGUACACGACCGCUGCCAAAUACGUGAACCACAUUUUCAAGUACCUCAACCGCCACUGGGUCAAGCGUGAAAUCGACGAAGGCAAGAAGAACGUCUACGAUGUCUACACCCUACACCUGGUCAAAUGGAAGGAUGACUUCUUUGAGAAUGUGCAUGAGAAGGUCAUGGAUGCUGUCCUCAGUCUGAUAGAGAAACAACGGAAUGGCGAAACCAUUGAACAAUCUCAGAUCAAAUCCAUCGUGGACUCAUUCGUUUCCUUGGGCUUGGAUGAAAAUGACAGCUCUAAGUCAACCCUAGAUGUUUACCGCCAAUACUUCCAGUCACCGUUCAUUUCUGCGACCAAGGUUUAUUACGAAAACGAAUCGCGACAGUUUGUGGCAGAAAACAGCGUGGUGGAAUACAUGAAGAAGGCGGAAGCCCGUUUGGACGAGGAGAAGGCCCGUGUCGGGUUGUAUCUGCAUCCUGAUGUCACCAAAAGCCUCACAGAUACCUGUUUGGCUGUUCUUGUUACUGCUCACUCUACUCUGCUCCGCGACGAGUUCCAGGUUUUGCUGGAUAAUGAACGCCAGGAGGAUCUUGCUCGUAUGUAUCGACUCUUGUCACGUAUCAAGGACGGCCUGGAUCCCCUUCGCGCCACCUUUGAGAACCACGUGAGACGGGCUGGUCUGGUUGCCGUUGAGAAGAUCGCUUCGGAAGGCGACAACUUUGAGCCCAAGUUGUACGUUGAUGCUCUACUGCAGGUCCACACGCGGUACCAGAACCUCGUUGAUGAUGCUUUCAAUGGCGAGUCCGAGUUUGUGCGAUCUUUGGACAACGCCUGCCGCGAGUUUGUCAACCGAAAUCGUAUCUGCAAGGCCAGCUCUUCCAAGUCACCCGAACUGCUAGCCAAGUACACCGACUCACUGCUCAAAAAGGGAUCCAAGUCUCCCGAAGAGUCGGAACUCGAGGAAAUGUUGGUACAAAUUAUGACAGUCUUCAAGUACAUCGAGGACAAGGAUGUUUUCCAAAAGUUCUACUCCAAGAACCUGGCCAAGCGAUUGGUACACGUCAGCUCAGUCUCCGACGAUGCGGAAACAAGCAUGAUCAGCAAGUUGAAGGAGGCAUGUGGUUUCGAAUACACCAACAAGCUGCAGCGCAUGUUUCAGGACAUGCAAAUUUCCAAAGAUUUGAAUAAUAACUACAAGGUUUGGCAGGACAAGGUCCUGGAUGAUGAUGACCGAAAGAGAUUGGCCGACGCCCACUUCCAGGUUCUGGGAACUGGAUUCUGGCCCCUCAACGCCCCCACUACUCCUUUCCUUGCACCGCCUGAGAUCGUCAAGACUGCCGAACGAUUCCAGAAAUUCUACUUCGAUAAACACAAUGGCCGCAAGCUGACAUGGCUGUGGCAGCUAUGCAAGGGUGAAAUCAAAGCCAACUAUAUCAAAAAUGCUAAGGUACCUUAUACCUUCCAGGUGUCUACCUAUCAGAUGGGCAUUCUUCUGCUGUUCAACGAAGCCGAUGUGCUGUCUUACGACGAGAUUGAAAAAGCCACCACACUGGCUGGUGAAAUACUUGACCCCAAUCUCAGCAUCUUGCUCAAGGCCAAGGUUCUUAUCGCCAGCCCCGAGGGCGCUAAACCUGAACCUGGAACUUCUUUCACUUUGAAUUACAACUUCAAGAACAAGAAGAUCAAAGUCAACCUCAACAUUCAGAUCAAGUCUGAGCAAAAGGUCGAGGCUGCGGAUACCCAUAAAACGAUAGAAGAGGAUCGGAAGCUUCUGCUCCAGUCCGCCAUUGUCCGCAUCAUGAAGUCGCGCAAGCAGAUGAAGCACGUACAGCUUGUGCAGGAGGUCAUCCAGCAGGUCAAGUCUCGCUUCCCGCCCAAGAUCCCGGACAUCAAGAAGAAUAUCGAAAUCCUCAUGGAGAAGGACUAUAUCGAGCGCAUGGAUGGCGACGAAAUCUCCUACAUUGCUUAA